AUGAUCGCAAAGGUUUUAUUUGUAGUCGCUUUGUGUGCAGCUGUCUAUGCAAGCCAUCACGAUCAUCACGAGAAUCAUCAUCAUCACCAUCCCCAACCCUACAAAUUCGGCUAUGAAAUCAAAGACCACCACGGAUCACAACACAGACACGAACAUGGUGAUGGCCAUGGACACGUUCAGGGUAGCUAUGGAUUCACUGACCACAGAGGCAUCCACAGAGAAGUCCACUACGUAGCUGACAAGCAAGGAUUCAGAGCCACUGUGAAGACCAACGAACCAGGAACUGCCAACCAGGACCCCGCUCACGUUAAGCUCCAUUCCGAUGCUCAUCAUGCUCACCACCACCAGGAACCCCAUCAUCACGGACACCAUCACCAUGAGCAUCAUCAUGGACAUCAUAACCACGGACAUGCCAAAGUGUAUCACCACCAAGGACACCAUCAUGGUUAA